AGCCCUGGGCAUCAGCAGCGUCUUCCUCCAGGGUCUGCGCAGCUCCGCUGCUGCCGUGCCCCUGGCCCCGGGGCUGGAGAAGGGCAGGGGUCUCUCCUACGAAAGCCUGAACGCCUGCUUGGUGGAGUACAUCGAGAAGGUGCGAGCUCUCGAGCAGGUCAACCAGGAGCUGGAGGAGCACAUCAGAGUCUACCUGGACAAGAAAGUGGCCAGCGUGGGCAGCUGGGGAGCGCUGCGGGAGAACUGGGAGGCCAUUUACCAUCAGGUGGGCGAAGCAGUCCUUGAAAAUGCUCGACUUAUGCUGCACACUGAGAACAUUCAAGCCUGUGCUGAAGAUUUUAAAGACAGGUAUGAAAAUGAGCAGCCAUUCAGAAAGGCAGUGGAAGAUGAAAUUAAUUCCCUAUAUAAAGUGAUUGAUGAUGCUAAUUUAACUAAAAUGGAUCUGGAGAGUCAGAUAGAGAGCAUGAAAGAAGAACUAAAUUUGCUGUCAAAGAACCACGAAGAAGAUGUGAAGAUGUUAUACAAGCAGCUUGCUGGAUCUCAGCUGGAAGAACUUGAUGUUCCCCUGGGAAGUGGCCUGGAUGACAUACUGGAAAAAAUCAGAAUCCAUUGGGAGAGAGACAUUGAAAAGAAUCGUGCUGAGACAGGUGCCCUGCUCCGUACCAAGCAACAGGCUGAAACGAUGGCUGCUGUGCGAACCCAGGAGGAAAUGCUGGUAGAGGGUCUCAGAACUGAGUUCCAUGAAACUGCCUGCAAAAUACAGAGCUUGCAAGCAGAAACCGAAUCUUUGAGAACCUUGAAGAGGGGUCUGGAGAAUUCUUUAUAUGACGCCAAACACUGGCACGACAUCGAACUGCAGAACCUAGGUUCUGUCAUUUCCAAGCUGGAGGCAGAGAUGGGAGAAAUCAAAGUAGAAACCGAGCAGCAGCAACGGGAUCGUGAAAAUCUGCUGACCAGCAAACAACAGCUGGAGAAAGACAUUGCUGCAUAUCACUGCCUUCUGGAUGGAGAACAAAGCAG